CAAACAUCACCAACGCGACUAUAACAAAGAAUAGCAAUUGGAUACCUUUUAAUACACCCAAACGCCAUUAAUUACACGCACACUAUACGGAACGAAGGAAGAUACCUGAAGUCUACUCAUCAUGGCCCGUGGCGACGACCAACCGCUGUCUAUACGACCAUCUCCCGUCGCCGAUCGCAAACCUCAGAACAUUGCAGAGUUUAUUGCUCGCGCCAACGCGCAACCUGGCGGUUUCAGAGCUAUAAAUGAGGCCAAACUAAGAGAAGAGCUUGCCCAAGAGGAAGCGGAGUAUGGGGCUGCGCUGGAUAGAGAUGCCGAUAUGGCCGAUGGGGACCAAGACGAGGACGACGACCAGGAUGCGCCGAGAGACCUCCAGGAAGUGCGCAUGGAAAUGCUAAAGAAUCUCGACGCCGCAGGGAACACAGCUCUUCUUACCCUCGACUUCCUCUCCCUCCUCAUCUCGAAACAGAACCCUACACAGGCUGGCGUCACUCUCUCACAAGGCCUACGCGACAUGGUUGGCAUCGGUACAUUGGGCACUGACAGGCUUGAUAACCCGCCCGUGACUCCAGCCAAAGUACAAGAACAGGAGAACAUCGCAUUGGGUCUGGCACUCAUACAGACAAACAAAGCACGGGAUGCUGCUGAGGCUGCUAGUGCGUUCUUGGAAAAAGAAGUUACGGUUGAGGGUAAAUACUGGGAGGAGAUUGCAGCAGUCCAGAAGUCCGGGUGGUCGAUAUCCAGAGUGCCCCAAGAAAGGCACACACUUGGUGUUCGAUUCGGUUUCUCAGAAGCUGCGCCCGAGUACAGGAAUAGUCUCGCACCUAUGAGGCGAGGCAAUGGCGGGGCAGUUCAGCUUGAUUGCGGCCGGCUAGGAGGAGUAUCUGAGCGAGUUGUUGUAACAUAUGAAAGGGACGGUCAAGUUACCGGCCGUUCUGCUUUACCUGCUGAGACAGCUGCUGACGCCCCCUUGGAAGAGCGUGUUCUUGAAGCCCGAAAUACCAUCUUCUCACAAGAGCUAUGGCACGAACUGACACGCGAAGCUCGCACCCUUGCAGCAUACGAUGUCAAGCCAUACGACUCCCGCCUCAUCUGCGAUAUUGAUCCAGCAUCCAAAUCAAGGGUCAUCUUAGAGCUGGUGCCGCUUGGCCCUCAAGCUUCUUCAGAUGAUGAUCUUCCUGAUAACCAGAUCGCUGAGACGAUAUCCCUUGCGCUGCAUACCCUCCUUAGCUACGCUCAUCGGCAGAACGAGCUCACGAGAACUCGUCCUAUACCGCCUCACAUCCCACGAUCGAGAGGCCAGCAAACACAUGCUCUUCUCCGUCCUAUAAUCGCUCGCCUCAUGCACCUGCACAACGUCCAAGUCGUUACCAAGCAUAUUGGCGUCCUCGUUCAGUCUCUUCAGCGCGCUGGCUUUCCGUCACGUUUCGUCCUCCACACAGCCCCUAUUUCUCUCACCGACUCAGAUCCCGCGAAUCAGGGACCUAACCAACUUGCAUCGUCGCAGAUCAUGAUUAGGAAUAUGCUUCAGCCCAUUGAGUUCAACAUCAAACUAACCAUUCUUCCCAAUGUCAGCUUCACCGUCCGCGGCCGGACAUUCCUCAUGCCUGUUACAGCGACAUAUUACUAUGUAAUCACUCCCCCGAACUCACCUCUUUCGGCUGCAUGUGCACCAUAUCGGGAAGGAUAUCCAGAUGCAAAUGCACUGGCUGAUUACCUCGGCACUGCUACCACACGCCUUCUCGUCGAGCACUACCUCGCUAUUCUUCCCCCGCCAUGGUCCAAAGGCAUACAGGGCAAUGCCAUUCUCAACGCCAAGAACGAGGAUUGUCGGAUGGUCUUCACAGUCACAGAAGAGCCGGCUCUCCAUUUGAAGAGUACGUCCAUCGUUGACGGGCAACUGGUGUCCCAGGAAUGGACGUGGUCAGACGACGCUACCAAAAUAUAUGUUCAGGACAUAAUAGAUACCGAGGUUUCGAAAUUGAACCUCUAAGACUUGGUCGCUUCCGGCUUAGAGGAUAGGAGAGGAAGGUGGACAUAUCCAGCUUUUGAUGGUGCUCAAGAGGGUUACACCGGCUGUGGUGUAGUAUAGAGACAGGAUACAUCUAUUUACGAAGCAACGAGUUGUCUUUGCAUGGUGUGAACCAGAAUACACAUACAAUCACGUCCAUUUUUACCUCCCAACCGGAAACAAUGUGAUAUGUACUGAAAUCAUUUCUCUAACGUUGACAUAGUUCAUCUACGGGUUGUUCGCCCUAGAGCAACAUGCACACCGCCUGCAAUUAACAGUGAACAAACAUCCGCGAAGCAUUUUCCUUGAGCUCACACUCCAAAAUAUCCCUUGGGUGAGUCAUUGUCCAUAUCCCGUUGCUCGCAUGAUCGCAUUAAGGAAAAUCCUUAGUCGAAUUGAUGCCGCGAGGUGGUCGUUCGGCUCCCAUGAUGGUCAGGUCUCAGCCCUGUAACUGUCAUAACUCGUCCACGUCUAAAAAAAAGCAAGUCGUAUCCCCUGAUACUGUACAAUGUGAUAGUUGAUAUCGUGACAGACGAUUUGUUGGUCGAUAUACAUCUAUUAGCGGUUGAAUCCGAAAAGAUUCUUGAGGUCAUUGAUGCUGAGACGACCAAUCUUGCUGCCUGCAGUCUCGUCCAGUGCAGCCUCAACCAUCUCUUUUUUCUUGUUUUGCAAGUCUACGAUUCGGUCUUCGACAGUCUCCUUGGUCAAAAUGCGAUACACCUUCACCUCCUGUUGUUGCCCAAUUCGAUAGGCUCGAUCGACGGCCUGCAUCUCGAUAUAGGGAUUCCAGAAAGGAUCCAUAAUGAUGACCCGAGAGGCAGCGGUAAGGUUCAGGCCUGCAUUUCCAGCUCGGAGGGAAACCAGCAUAACCUUGGUGUCCUUUCGCUCGCGGAAAUUCUGAGCUGCAACGUUGCGAAGAGUUGCUGACAUUGAACCGUCAUAUCUCUCUGGUUUAGCCAUUUUCUCAUGUGACAUGGCGACCUGUAGCAGAUCCAACAACAGGGUCCACUGAGAAAAGAUGAUGGUCUUCUCGCCGGUUUCCUCGAUCUGCUUGAUGAGUUUCAUGCAUUCCGUGACCUUUGCAGCGGGUUCCCAAGUUUUGCGCAGAUAACGCAUGUACUUUUUGAACGCCUCGCGGUUCUUGUAAGCCUCCUUGCGCAAGGUCUUAAGCAUGGCAGGCUUGACAUCCAAUGACUUUCCCUUCCCCUUGUCCUUCCGUUUCCCCUUUCCUUUGCGCUGUUUCUUGACUGAUACCUUUUCGUCCUCAACCGAAAGUUCGUCGUUAACGAUGAAACCUUUGAGAUUACCCUUUUUGUCUACCUCAUCAUCUGACUCGUAGUCUGACUCUGACCCUGUUUCUGAGUCGUCGCCCGAGUCAGAUUCAUCGUCAGCUGGUUCCAUACCGGAUUCUUUCUUGACGGUUUCCGGCAUGUGCACCUCCCGAAAGGUUUCAUAGGAAAAACACUUGGCAGGGUCGAAUUGGCCGCGACAGACGGGGCACUUAGCCCGGCUGCUUUCACUUCCUUCCUGCAAAUUAACCGCCGAAGCGCUCUCUGCAAUCCGAACAAGGCAUUCACUGCAGCUAUCAUGGCCGCAGGGAAUAAAAAAGCUGGGGCAUUGAACGGCAUCAUAGCAGAUAGGACAUUCGAAUGCCUCGACCUCCUUGAUCCUAUCCACUAUAGCUUGAUCCAAUUCUUUGACGAGCUGUUUCU